AACUCCCCAUUUAUUUCUCACGCCACUCUCCCCUUCCCUCUCCCCGUAUUCACUCACCAUCAUUAUUCUUCAUUAUUCCCUAUUAAUAUCCCUCCUUCACCUCCUUCACUCACUUGUAACCUCCAAAGCAUUCACAUAACUCAUCACUUCCUUCCCUCUUCCCUUUGUGCAUUUUCAGCCAGACCAUAGCAGCUCAAGGAGGUAUUCCGGCAAAUAGACGGGGAGGUAGAAGAGGAGAAGUUCACACGAGGAGCCGUUCGUUAGAUGUCCGUUCGUUUAUCCGUUCUCCGUUAUCGUUAAUCCCUGCGUAAGAGGAACUAAAAGAUCAAAUGGCAUCAAGAAUGUUCAACGCAUGAGUUACCGAGGGACAAUCAACCACGAGGCCACCUUUGUUCGAUGGAACAAACUACUCAUAUUGGAAGGACAGGAUGAGAAUUUUCAUCUAAUCCAACGACUACAAGCUGUGGUUGAUUAUGAAGAACGGCUGCGAGAUUCCGAUGAAGGAGGUCAAAGGAGUCUACCUUCCCAAAACUGAAGAAGAGUUCGACGAGAAUGACUUCAAGAAGAUGGAGCUCAACACCAAGGCAAUAAACAUAACUUAUUGCAGCGUGAAUGCGGAUGACUACCGAGAGCUCUCGCGGUGCGAAACCACAAAGCAAAUGUGGGAGAAGUUAGAAAUCACCUGCAAAGGAACCACCCAAGUUCGGGAGGCCAAAAUAGACCAACUCACCCACGAGUACGAGUUGUUCUUGAUGAAGGAGAAUGAGAAGGUAGAAGAGAUGUUCAAGAGAUUCUCCAACAUCAUCAAUCCUCUUAACCUUCUUGGAAAAGUCUACACCAACCGAGAACUUGUAAGGAAGGUGUUGCGGAGCUUGUCACCCAAGUGGCGUUCAAAGGUGGCCGCAAUCGAGGAAGGGUGUGGCUUCCAAACGAUGACUUAUGACUCUCUUUGAGAAUUAACAAUGUCUAUGAUUUCUACUCUAGAACAAAUCCACGAACUUACCUCGAUAGAUCUUAGAAAAUAAGCGAUUCAAUUCGAUGACUCGAACGACGGUGGGGAACAAUGGUGGCUGGUGGCAAACAUGACGUCUCAGCAUCAAUCGAUUAGCAGCGAGACUACCUUCCGGCGACCCAAGCAGCGUCGGCACGGUCGUCGGUUUCUUCGUCCUUGUUCCUCCUAUCGUGCAUGUUCUUUCUUCUUACGCAAAUAAGAAAGUGUGUCGCACUAGUUUAGUGAAAUAUGAGAAUUUUUUUUGGCUUGGAUGGAUAUAUAAUUGCGUUUGCCUGGGACUGCAUUUCAAGAUUGAAAUACAUACCUUACUCUAUUACUUAACACAGAAGAAGGGAAGAACCAAAGAAGCACUGUAGCAUCUCUGUCUCGUUGUCUCGGGCUCUCAGCAGAGAAGGCAGAACCGUAGAAGCUUCGCGACUAAAUCCCGAAACCCCAAUCGCCAGAUGCUAGACACAAAUCCCAAUCGGAAAAUCCAUGUGGGUUACAUGAUUUGGAUAAUAGAUAUUGAGGGAAUGAAAGGAUUGAAUUUGG